UGUGUGAGUGGAUGUCAGGAUGCGUAGCCUGGAGGCUAGGCGACCGGUUCCAAACACGUAGCCACUGCGAUUUGUAACUAGCCUACGUUGUGUCGCUUGUGUGUGAUUUGUGCAACAAGUGGCGUGCAGUGCCAGGCGUUUAUGUCAACCCUGACUGGAGUAUCCAAGAUGGACAAGGAAAGGGGUAAUACGAUUUCCCCGAUAGAAGCAGAUGGAGAUCCCUACACGUUUGAUCUGACCAGUGAUGACCUAGAAGAGAUGCUGGCGCCGGCUGCGACCUUUGAUGUGCUCGAAAUACCGGACACCACCGUAGCCGAAGAUUUUAACGAACCUCCCCGGCAAUUCAACACAGCCGAUUAUGGAGAACACAGGAAGGCUUCCUAUAGUUUUCCGCACAUGCACAAGCCAAUGAUGCCUCUCAAAGGCCACCACCACAGGCAUAGGAAGAAACGCUCUAGAGCCAAUCUCAGAGAGCCGACAUCAACCAACUCUACACAGGGGGCGCUAGCGGGGGACGUCGCGGACGCUACUGUGACGUCGACGACUCGCAAGCAUCAAUCUGCGCCCGUGAUGCAGUCACCCGCGGGGGACGCCAUUACGACGACGGGUAGUCUGUCAUCCAUGGGAGGCAGAGUCGACAGCGACACGGUGCCGAGCGACACCGAACCGGUAGAGGGGGCGCCACGCAUCGCCGAACCGGUAGAGGGGGCGCCACGCAUCGCCGAACCGGUAGAGGGGGCGUCACGCAUCGCCGAACCGGUAGAGGGGGCGCCACGCGUCGCCGAACCGGUAGAGGGGGCGCCACGCAUCGCCGAACCGGUAGAGGGGGCGUCACGCAUCGCCGAACCGGUAGAGGGGGCGCCACGCGUCGCCGAACCGGGAGAGGGGGCGUCACGCGUCGCCCACAUGUCGUUUGUUUCGGAGAAGCCGCUGAGUCUGCGAGCGCGGCACCAGGCGCAGUUCUACGUCGGCAGCGGCACGCAACUCGCCGAGGACAUUGCGGAGGAGGAGGCUGAGGAAAUGAUAACCCUGCUUAAUAAGGAGGAGAGUGAUAAAGCUGUCCCACCUCCACCGCCACCGGUCACAAUAGGUUCCGGGGAGGCAUCACAAUCAGAUGCAGCAACGCCACCGAGGAAAGUGUCGUUUGUCCUAGGACAUUCCGAGGCAUCAGAAGCGUCACGAUUAGCUGGGUCUGACAUAUCAAGGAAAGGUUCAACGGAUCUAAGAAUGUCGAGUGCAGACGACGAUGACAUGAAGGAUCGCGAAGACGGCUUGCCAAGACGACGCAGGAUAGGAGUCCAACAUAGCGAGGCGCCCUCUAUACCGGAGCAGCAGCAGUCGCGGCGGCGGAAACGCUCGGGGCAGCGCAAUGAGAUGGAGCAGCGGCGGAGAAAAGGAAGCCAUGUGAUGUUCCACAACGACAACCUGCUGCAGCGCAUCCUGGAGGCGGACAUGCGCGGCAGCGACACACUGCAUGAGACGAGCGACGAGACGGACGACGAGGCUGGACCCCUCGCGAGACAUGACGCGCUGUCGUGCGCCCUGCGGCGGACCAGCACGUAUCAGACGGGGCAUCGGCGUCGUGUGUCAGCCGCCAUCCACCACCACAGGCCGAGCGUGCCAGGCAUGAUGCUGCAGGACGAAUACAUAGGGCCGAAACCAAAGAAGUGGGACCACAUACCACACGAGAUCGUUCGCGAGCUGGAGGGCGAGCUCAUCCUUGUGAGCGGAUAGGACCAAUGAGCGUGU